AAGUUAGGAGCAGAGGGAGGAGCAUGCGGAGGAGGAGGAUGACUGUGUUUUCAGGAGGAAGUAUGUCCUUCAGUUAGAGUCCGUUUGCCUUCAGUAGGAGCAGCAAAGAUGUGGCUCCUCUCUGUGCUGGUGUGGGUCCCCCUCAGCGGCUGCUGUGCUGCAGAAACUCCUGGUCCUCCACGACUUUGUCUAAACUCAACCAUCAUUCCAAACCAGUCUGAUAUCACCAUGAUGGCUGGCUCCGCUUUCAGUCUCAGCUGUCAUGGCAACAGGUCUGUCCGCUGGUCCAGUACUGCAUUAGGGAUAAACUGGAGCUCACAGACACAAAGAGUCAAAAGCGCAAAUCCCAGACACACAGGGACAUACACCUGUGGGUACACAAACCAGAGCCUGGAGCACCUGAACACCUCCUUCCACCUGUACAUCAAAGACCCGAGCGAUCCUUCAACGGUGUUCGUCACACGUCGUCGCAGUACCUUUACUUUAACGGAAGGUGAGGACUUCCUGCUCAUAUGCCUGCUGACAGACCCGUCCGUCACAAACCUCACCCUCCAACGGAAAGAUGGAAGACCCCUGCCCCCAGGAAUGAACGUCACCUUAAACCCCCAAAGAGGAGCUUGGAUCCAAGACGUGCAAGUGUCCUUCAGAGGACAAUAUGUCUGCUCAGGCUGGCGUGAUGGAAAACAGUUCAGAUCCAGCCCUCUUGAACUGGUGAUCCGCCCACUGCGUCACCCACCGACCCUGUCUAUCAGCCAGACUAAUUUUGUCCGUCUGGAAGGAGAGCUGUUUGAGGUCACCUGCCAGGCCAGUAAUCAAGACCACUUUUUCAAUGUCACCUGGACACACCGGGGUGUGAAGAAACUGAACACUUCUGUGAGCCGGCAACUCGUCAACAAGCAGUUGAUCAUCAGGAGCACUCUGACAGUCUCUGCUGUCAGUCAGAAAUACGGCGGGGAGUUCCUCUGCAUUGCUCACAAUGAAGGGGGGGUUACAGUGGAAACUGUGCAGCUUCGAGUUUUGGAUCGGCCCUACCUGCAGCUCUACUUGUAUCUACAGACCCCAACUGACACCAAUGCCUUUCAAGUCAAGGAGGACCAGUAUGCUAACGUUAGCAGCAUGGUGGUGAAAGCACAGGCCUGGCCUGCAGUCAACCCUAGCAACAGUUCACCAGCCAUCACGGAGAAACUGAUUGCCAACAUUAGCAAUGAAAGGAAUGAGAGUCUCAUUAGCAACAGGUGUAGAGUGGACGUCCACGAAGGCGGAGACGUCAGGCUCACCAUUGUGAUGGAGGCCUAUCCUCCAGUCAAGCAUCAGAAAUGGAUGACGCCAGCGUACAUGAGCAACACAGACAACACAGUGUUUGAGGAGAGCUACACCGCCGGGGAAGACAGGUCAGAAGCAACCCUGUUGCUGCGGCGGGUUCGUCAGGAGGAUCAGGGUCGAUACUCGUUUCAUUUUUCCAACCCUUUUUUCAACGGCUCUCAGGAUGUGACCCUGCUGAUUUACAGCUUUCCCACGGUUGCCAUAACCCAACAGAACCACAGUUUGAGCUGCUCAAGUUCUGGGUAUCCUCGACCCACGGUUCUCUGGUUCGUCUGUCUGGGCAUCCAGGACUCGUGUAUGAACGACUCCUCCAGUCAGGGAAUUCCAGGUAUAUUGACCUCACAAGAGGAGGAGGAGGAGGAGGUGAGGACACUCCUCCCAAUGCCAACAGAAGACCAUGUCCUCACAGUGGAGUGUGCAGCCUUCAACCUGCGGGGCAGAUCCAGCGGAGUCUUUCAUCACUGUCCUGUCAGAUUUCACAGCAUCUACACACCAGUUCUGAUCGGAGCUAUAAGUGCUGCUACCAUUCUUCUCCUGCUCCUGUUGGUCGUCCUUCACAGGUGGAGAAAGAAACCCAAAUAUGAGAUACGCUGGAAGAUCAUCGAGAGCACUGAUGGAAACAACUACGUCUUUGUUGACCCCAGCCAGCUGCCAUACAACCAGGAAUGGGAGUUUCCUCGAGACAAACUGCGACUUGGUGCAGUCUUAGGCUCAGGGGCCUUUGGGAAGGUCGUCGAGGCAACUGCAUACGGUCUUGGAACCGACAACAAGGCCACCAGGGUGGCUGUCAAAAUGCUCAAACCCAGUGCUCAUUCAGAAGAACGUGACGCUCUCAUGUCUGAGCUGAAGAUCCUCAGUCACCUUGGUUACCACAACAACAUCGUCAACCUGCUGGGGGCGUGCACUCAAGGAGGGCCCAUGUGGAUGAUCACAGAGUACUGUAUCCAUGGCGACCUGCUCAACUUCCUGCGGGUUCACGCCCAGGACUUGAUGGCAUUGACCAUGCUGACAGCAGAAGACGGAGAGGGGGCAGCGUGCUACAAGAACAUGGCGGUGCAAAAGGCCCGGCUGCGCAGUGACAGCGGGAUUUCCUGCUGCUCCGAGUAUCAGGAGAUGCAGCCAAUUCUGAGUCCAGGAAAAACUCAGAUGGGUAAGAUUGGUCAUACACCAGGUGUAUCUCUCUGUGACCUCAUGAUGUUUUCAUACCAGGUGGCUCAGGGUCUGGACUUCCUGUCUACCAGAAAUUGUAUCCACAGAGACGUGGCGGCGAGGAACGUCCUGCUGACUGAUCAGCACAUUGCAAAGAUCUGUGACUUUGGUUUGGCUCGGGACAUCCGGAACGACGACAGCUACAUUGUUCAGGGAAAUGCCCGGCUCCCGGUGAAGUGGAUGGCCCCUGAGAGCAUCUUCCAGUGCGUCUACACUCUGCAGAGUGACGUCUGGUCCUAUGGUGUCCUGCUAUGGGAGAUUUUCUCUCUGGGUAAGAGUCCAUAUCCCAACGUUGCAGUGGAUGCCAACUUCUACAGGAUGAUCAAAGAUGGACACCACAUGGAGGCUCCAGACUUUGCACCAGCUGAAAUGUAUCACCUAAUGACGCUAUGCUGGAGUCUGGAACCCACCCACAGACCCACCUUCAAGCAGGUCGGUGAGCACAUCAACAGGCUCCUCCUCAGCACUUGUGGCUCAUCGGGCUGCCACAGCCCAGAGCCAACAUACAGGAACAUAGACGACCGGAGAGAGGAAGAGGAGGUCCCAGAGCAAACACUGAAACCAAGAGCAGCAGAAGAGUCAGGUCACCAUGACAACCGAGAAACUGGAGCUGAGAAGAUGGAGAUAAUCUACAAACAGACCUGAAUGUCUCAUCUAAAGAAAGGGAUCAGUUGACCCUGAAGCAGAACUGUAUUCACACAAUAAGAAUCAAACACCAAAGCUCCGCCCAUCUAUCAGCAAUGGGACCAAUGGAUCCAGAGAAAGUAUUUCCACUAGACUUCUGUGACGUCUUCAAGCAAAUUUCAGUUCUUUGAGUCAAGGCAACAGAGAGUGAUUUACUUUGUUUAGUUUAAUGAUUGUACUUGCUUUAUUUUUUAACCUUUUUUAUGUCUGAACAUUUUUGAAUUUGUUACAAUUGUGUUUAAUGUUUAGCUAAACUGUUAUAUUUCUGAAUUGUUGUUUUGUCUGGAGCAUUUAUUGUUUAGCAUAGACGUAUAAGCAGAAAUAUCCAGACCCCUCUCUACAGAUUCACACAAACAAACACACAAAAACAGAUGAACAAUUUUGUUUUUAAUACGGAGCUUCAUGUGACUGCUUUAAGACCGUAAAAUCCUAUGUAAAGCCAGAAAUCACAAGGGAAGUCAAUGGGUGAAAGAUGAUCAACAGACAAAAGUGUCAUACUGCCUUAUAUCAUUUCUUUUUUCUUUUUUUCUCCUUCAGGUGUCAUUUUGUAUCUUUGAAAGUUGUUGUUAUUGCUAAAAUGAUCAAGUAUUCUGGGCCCUGAUCCAAUUCAUUUGAUUUUGAGUUUUUGCCGAUACCGAGUUCUGAUCCGAUACUUUUGUUACACGAAAAUAAAAUGAACAAAUGUAAUAAACACAUCAAAAUUG